AUGGAAAUGAGGCUCAUCUAUCCUCGCGCUCAACAAGAACUUGACGACUUCAGAUCAACUUCCGCGGCGGUGGGGCGGCUAAGCACUUUAGAAGCGUUCCCGCUGCAUCGUGCUGCAUGGCUUGGUCAAUUUCUCUUAGUACAAAAACAUCUUCGCGACGGCAUUAACGUGGAUUCGACCCUUCCAAGAAGUAAAAUAACAGGACUGCUCUAUGCUGUCGAUACUUCGCAAUUCGCAGUCGUUCAACUCCUGCUUUCACGAGGAGCGUCGGUGAACAAAGCAAGCGCUGGUCAGAGUACCGCUCUCCAUAUCCUAGCGCAGAAACGGGAGGGUAAGGAUCUGCAAGUUGCUAUCGCAAAGGCUCUGGUCGACGCAGGAGCCGAUCGCACUGCCAAACGAAAAGAAGGUCUGACGCCCUACUGGUACCUGAUCACAUUCUGCGCAAACAAAGCAAGCGAGGAACAUCGGCUACUGUUCCACCCAGGCGAUUGGUGA